UAUUCGCCUCUAACCCUCACUAGACUCCUCUCUCUCGCUCUCUCUCUCACAAUCUCUGUUUGAGUUUCUCUCUUUUUCUCUCUACAAAUGGCUCGAUUCAGCGGCGUCGUUUUCGUGCUUAUGGCUGCUUUGUUGCUGGCCUCGACCGGGGCGCAAUCCCCUGCAUCGUCGCCAGCCAAGUCUCCUACGCUUUCUCCCAAACAAGCUCCUGCCGCCCCUUCUCCGUCGAGCACUCCACCUACUGCCGCCGCUCCUUCUCCUUUGAGCACUCCACCUACGGCCGCCGCUCCUUCUCCAUCGAGCACUUCACCAUCGACUUCUCCUUCGACAUCUCCCGUCGCCGACUCUCCACCUUCUCCCCCAUCGUCGUCUCCGACUACUUCUCCUUCGACAUCUCCCGUCGCCAACUCUCCCACCGAGGCUCCCCUUCCUGCGAACGGUGCCGUUUUGAAUAGGUUCUCCGCCGCCGGGUCCGUGGCCGUUGGGAUUUUCGCUGCUGUUUUGGUUAUGUAGAGAAUCGGACUACAGAGUGGAGGUGUUUAUGGAGUUUUGGUUAACUUUGUCAAUUUAUUAUUGUGUAUGGAUUCAUUUAUUAAUUUAUUUUCCAUAGUAUCAAAUAUGUAGCACUGUCAUAUGAAAUAUAAGGGGACAUUUUUCUAUCCAUUAUCAUUUCAGUA